AUGGCUAGGCAAAGAGGGGCAACGAGCAGCACAAGGAGGGGAGAGUUUCAACUACCUAGGAAGUUCGGCAAACAAAUACAGAAGCGCCAGCUCGAGGUUCCAGAGUAUGCAGCAAGCUUCGUGAAUUAUAAAGCUUUGAAAAAGCUUAUCAAGAAGCUCUCUGCGACCCCGACGUUGGCGGCGCAAAAUGAUAUACUGCGGCAAACUGGUCCCGUGGACUCUCAAGCCGCCCUUCAAGCAAACAAGGCUACCUUCUUCUUUCAACUGGAACGUGAGCUCGACAAGGUGAAUGCCUUUUACUUGCAAAAAGAAGCCGAGCUCAAGAUUCGAUUAAAAACACUUCUUGACAAGAAGAAGGUUUUGCAGACAAGAGACGGCAUCUCGAGACGCUCUUCCAAGUUUACCACACUCGAGGAAGGGUUCCAGCAAUUUGCUACCGAUUUAAACAAGCUUCAGCAGUUUGUCGAAAUUAACGGAACCGCCUUCUCCAAAAUCCUAAAAAAGUGGGAUAAGACGUCCAAGUCCAAGACCAAGGAGCUGUAUUUGUCUAGAGCCGUCGAGGUUCAGCCGUUCUUUAAUGCUACCGUCAUAAGUGAACUUUCAGAUCAAGCCACAACUAGUCUUCAAGAGCUUGGUGCCUGGUCUGAUGGCAUUCAGGUUAACUUUCAGACCCCGGGUCACGUUGUCACCAGCCAACAUUUUAUGGGGACAGAUGAAGGAGAUGCCGAUACUCUACUGCUAGAUACGGUCAUCACUGGAAACCUAGAGACGCUGAGGGAACUCUUGACGAAGAUGCAAUCGGCCACAAGCUCAACAGAUGGAGAGAGCUCUUUACCUGAUCGUGUGACUCGGACCUUUUUGACUGCCAUCCACGACGCCCCCGAAGAGUCAUUGCGCGUUUUGUUAGACACUGGGCUCGUCGACUUGCAAUCUUAUGAUGAUAUCAACGAGAGAAAUUGUCUGCACCAGGCAUCUAUUUAUGGAAAACAGUACGUUUUGGAAUGGGGUCUUCAGGCAGGUGUCUCGGUCGACAGGACGGAUGUGUAUGGACGUGUGCCGCUGCAUUACGCCAGCUUGCACGGGCGUCUGGAUAUGCUCGAGGCUCUACUAAAUGUGAAUUCCGCAACCAUCAACCUUAUUGACCACGAUAACUUUACACCACUCAUUCAUUCCAUUAUUCACGGCCAUCUCGAUUGUGUCCAGCGCUUGCUAGCUCGGUCAGCAAGAAUUGAUCCAGUGUCCGACUCAGACCACGUCCCACUCAACUUGGCUUGCGAGCAUGGCUCCGAAGCGGUUGUUGAGCUGCUUCUGAGGCAUGGGGCAAAGAUCCUCCCCGACGCUGAAGGGUUAUAUCCCCAGCACUUGGUGGCGAGAUCUGGCAAGACAUCACAGUUGCUCCUCCUGCUCAAACAGUUUGGGGCGGAUCUGGACCAAAUAGACAAGCUGUACGGAUGGACUCCGCUUGUCCAUGCGGCGAGCGAGGGCAAUGUGGACUGCCUGCAGGCGUUGCUCAAAGUUGGAGUUGAUGCCAACAUUGUUGAUGAGAAAGACCUUCCUGCCAUGUAUUACGCCGCUUGGGAAGGCCAUCUUGAGUGUAUGAAACUACUUACACCUUUCAACACUCACAUCCGGACCAGCCCUCUCGUAUCGCAACCGUCGCUUGGGCCUAUGGACAGCAGCAGCGCUCCCGGGCCCAUGUCGUUGGACCCCGACGCGAUCCCUAUUCUCGAACUGCCACCGCCCAUCAUUCCCCUCCGCCGCUACGGCCACAACUUCCUCGAUACCAAGACCGUGGUACAAAUCAACUUUGACGACACCCAAGAGCAGCCGUUGAUUUUCUUCCAGGAUGGAAAAUACCCGGCAGCGCGGCUGACAAUUUCUUCCAAGCUCUCCGAUCUUAUUCCCAAGAACAUUAUCCUUCCCUUUCAAGAAGAUACCCGCAUGGUUUCCUUCCAGGUUGACAAUCUAGAUACGUUUUCUCUCGACUUUGAUGUUUUCCCCACGUAUGGCGCCAAAAUUAUCGCCAAGACGGUGGUAUUACCCAGUGUUUUCAAAACCCAGCAAGGAGGCAUUACAAAGUGCUGCUUGCCGCUGUUUGAUCCGCGACUGAGGGCGAUUGGGCAGAUCAGUUUCAGCACUCAGGUCAUCAAGCCUUUCAAGGGGCAGCCUUUGGAAAUUACGGACUUUGAGACGUACUGGAAGGCAACAAGCCAGUUUAAUCAACCGACGAACGCUGUGGUUACCGGGUCGAGCCUAUCUGGAGAUUACGUCCGACUAUUCGUGCAGUACACAAGUGAUGGGAUCCCCGUAAUUUGGCCACAGUGGACGAUUAGCUGUGGUGGACUGGACUUGCCGCUGUGUCGACUGUCCCUGCAGCAGUUCUUGGCUAUUACUGCUCAAAAUACUAGUCGUGCUGCACUGCCGAGUUUGCCGACUAGAACAGUCGAAAAUAUUGCAGAGGUAUAUCACAUCCUCGCCACGGCAGGCGUUACGCUCAAAGAUGCUUUGGCCAUUCUCCCCCGCGGCAUCAACGUCAAUCUGCAGAUUCUGUACCCGACGCAAGAGGAAGAGAAGGCGCUCGCUCUUGGGCCGGCGUUGGAUGUUAACACAUUUGUGGACGCUAUUCUUACGGUCGUGUUUGACCACGCCCGUGCACAGAGAGCGCAAUAUCAGUCCCCUGACGUUGCGCGCUCCAUGGUGUUUAGCAGCUACAACCCUCGACUUUGUACAGCGUUGAACUGGAAGCAACCAAACUUUCCGGUGUUCUUGUGCAAUGACCUCGGCCGCGAGGACAAUAUCCUCGAUGAGAACAUGGUGCGGACAAGUGGACGACGAAGCACUUCGAUCAAGGAGGUGGUUCGAAUCGCGCAAGGCAAUAACUUUAUGGGGUUGAUUUGUUACUCGAGAUUACUGGACAUGGUACCGGCUCUGGUCGACGCCAUCAAAUCUCAUGGAUUGGCGCUAGUUAUGGACAAGUCGACAGAUUCCCCGGGAACGAGCCCGAUGACGGACCCGUUUCCUCGACCACCAAAGGGUGUAGAUGGUGUUUUAAAGAACCACGGCAUUUUGCGAUUCAAUGACUCGAUAGACAUGUAG